AAAUCAAAACUCUUAACUCAAAAGAAAUGGCUGAGUGAAUUUUUAUUUAAGAAAUUUCAAGGGCAAAUAUAUUGAAUUUUACGAUUUGGAACUAAAAACAUUCUAAAGAAUAAAUCCUUUUCUUAUCAUGGCAACAUAUAUAAAUACAGUGAAACAUUUAUUUGAAUCCUAUAAACUAUGGGUUGCCCAGAAUCCGCAAGUUGUUGCUGAUUUCGAAACCACGGCUAAAUGGGUGUCCUACUUUAUUGGAUCACAAAUAUCAAAGUCUACAGUAAGUUCGGAAUUAAUUUUUACUCUGUCCAAUUUGCUUAUUUUGUUCAAUGACAAAAUUAUUGAACAAGCUCAUGGGGCACACAGAGUUGUGGAAAAGACAGCAUACCGGGUAAAGGUUAUUCUAACCACUUUGGAGUACUGUGAGGUGCUUUUGGAAACAUCGGCGAGAAAAGUGUAUGGCGAAAAAGUUCGAUGGAUGGUCAUUGUUACUAUUCAAGCGAUAAAAACAAUUGGAAGAUACUUGUUGCUUUUUAAAUUUAACGAAAACAUUAUUCGUUCACCACCAAUUAAGCAAUUAGAUCGGAAAACUAUUGGCCAAGUUAAACAGUCUGAUCUAGGAUUGGCCGAUGACGCUCACAACGGACUAGUUAAACUAGAACGCUCUGGACGGUUGAUUAGGAAAGUUGAAGGUGCUCCACCAUUGCACUACAGAAAUUGGCAAUCGCUAGAAAACGAUGAAGCUCCAAACAAGAAGCCUUUUAUUUUACUAAAAGCAGAAGUUCUAUACAUUGCCAAACCCAUGCUGCAUUUGAUGUCAAGUGCAGUUUUUGGGACCAAGAGUUGGAAGUCUUAUUCUAUAGCUUUGGUUUUGGAUAUAGUGAGCAUUCGUUCAUACUACGAUAAAAGAGAUUUACUGACAAAAGAACAGAAGUUGGAACUUUCACGUCGAACCUGUAAUCUACUUACGUUCCUAGUACGGUCACCGUUCUAUGAAGCGGUAAGCAAACGAAAAAUCGAGGGUUUGGUGGAUUUCUGUGGCAGAAAAAUUCCAUUUGCCAAGAAUAUCUGUGAACCACUCAAAGACUACAUUCCACAAAUGCAAGAUACAUAUUUUUACACAUGGUCAACAUAGUUUGAUAUUUUUUUUUUCUAUCUUGGACUGGCUAAGUAUUGUUUUUUUAAUUUGUUCGGAGGGAGGAGGGGGAUAUGUUUUUGGUGUGGUAAAAAGCGUUGAUCUUACUUUUAAGAAAUAAAUUAUGUAUUUGACUACAAUAUUGAUACAUAAUAAAACAAAGAUAUUUUUGUAUUUAUUUCAA